CGCGGCGGCGGCGCGGCGGCCGGCAGCAGGCGCGGGCGGCGCCGCCCGCGCAGAACCCGUUCGGGCGCAACAAGCGCAUGGACCCGGCCCGGAUGCUGUCGGCGCUGCGGCAGUGUGGCGUCGGCACGCCGAAGGAGAGCGCACGUCGCCCCAUCAGCCAGCGGGGUCCCUCGCGAGCGCGGCGGCGAUGCGGAAAAUGGUGCUGCAGAGACGCCAGGAGGCCUCCCAGAAGCAGGGCAUUGGCAUGAAGCCCUCCCUCAUUCGCAGGAGUGAGCUGCAAGACUUCAGGCUGCCCAUCGUCGUGAAGUGGCACAAGCCCGUGGGCAUGACGUGCAGAGACAGGAGAGAUCGGCAGCAGUUCCGCGACGGGGUCGAGGACUUGCGAUUGGUGCGGGUCCUCGGCAGGGACAAGUUCGAGCUCGACCUCUACGAUCUCGUCGGGGAGCUUCCGGACGAGUACGGCGGCCUGAUGCUGUGGAGCCGGGACAAGGAGGUCACGAAAAGUCUCUUGGAUCCGCAGAAGGGUGUUCUGAUCAAGGUCGAGGCAGAAGUCCUCGGCGUGGUGGACCCCGAGCGGCUUCAGCGGCGGCUGAGCAAGGGCGUCGAGACGGGCCCCGUGGGCUUCCGGGUGGUGAGGCACGCUGGGCUUGUCGAGUGUGCUCUGGUGCCAGGCUGCGGCCUGCAGGAUCCGAGGACGCGUGUCGUCAUCGCAACCCGCGACCCCGAGUGCAGGGUUGACGAGCUUCUGCGGCGCUGCGGGCUGCCAGUGGACAGCAAGAGUCCCAAAGUCCAGGUGCUCAGCAUCGGCCCGCUGGACCUGGGCACGCUGCCGGCGGGCGGGCUGGUGGCCGCAUCCGACGAGGAGGACGCGUGGGCGUGCCAGCUCGCGGGCCUGGCUGUGCGGGAGUACCCUCUGAGGCUCCGGCCGCCAGAGCCCAUCCUGGAGAAGGUGAGCGAGCCUCAGCUGGUGCAGCUCAAGUGGGUCUUGAACAGGUGGGUCCACAAAGGGCCCACCACGAAGAGCGAGUGGGACGCGUACCGCAGGACCGUGGAGCCGCCGAAGAUGCGCGGCGUGCACCCGAGGAACCGCGAGCAGCUCCUCGAGGAGGGCGGCGGGCCCGACCCAGCCGAGAUCCGGCGCAAGUUCCUCACGACCUUCGUGCCAGCCGAGGUCCUGACGGAGGCGGUGCAGUGCUGCUUGGACGCGGUGCCCGGGAUGGCGGAGGUCUGGGCCGAGUUCGCCGGCGCGGUCGAGGAGGAGGGCGGGGACGCCUGGGCCCAGCCAGAGGCGCUGGUCAGAUUCCUGUGCUUUGCCCGGCGUCGCGCUCCCGAGGAGGUGGCGGAGGGGGUCCGCCACGCGGCCCUGUGCCUGAGCGAGCGCGGCGAGGCCGCGGCGGACUCCCUGCAGCCCAGGGCCGCGCUGUCGCAGGCGGCGGCCUCGCAGGCCAUGGCCUCGUGAGGCGCCGCGGGCGGCGGGCCGCGGGCUGCGGGCCCCGGGAUAUCAGACGAGUUGGUGCGCUGCAUUCCGAGAGCGCUUGA